GCAAGCAUUUUGGUUAUGUUCAUGUAGCAUUUGCAAAGCCUCAGACAAAACCAAAAAACUUGCUUCCUCUAGAUGGGAAGUUCCUGAAAUUGAGAAAAAAAAAAUGGCCAAAAAAAAUACAGGGAUUAAAUUUUAUUGACUAAAGUUUUGGGGUAUAAAUGAGAAUUCCAUAUUUAGGAUUUCCUUUUGCUUUCUGUCCCAGUUUAUUAUUUCAAGUCAAGCUAGUCCCUCCCAGGAGAAGUCCCACUUUUUUUUUUCUCUGUGUGCAGACAAGAUUUAUCAGCCAUGGAAACUGCACAAACUACUUCAGUAAAUCAGCCCCCGAGUUUUGCUGAUCCUACGCUUAAUAAUGUUAGCAGUAGCAGGAAGAGGCCUUUUGACAACAAUGUCCAGUGGGAGUACUCCCCUUACUACAAAAUGCGCGCCAUUGUUAGAGACCUUCGUCCCCAUUUCAUCGAGGUUCUCAAAACUCCUGACUUCCGGAACUGCAAGGCAGCUGAAGAAAUUCGUGAAAGUAAGCUCUAGAGUUUAAAUUUGGUCCUGCUUUGUAGUUCAUUUAGUGCUUCAUUUUUUUAAGAUUUGAUGCUAGCACAAGAAACAACAGUUUUCUGCUAGCUGGUUACACAAGCUUCUCUCGAUUGAAUUGGACCAUCUUCUUGGGGAAUUUCUUGUACUUGGUUGUUUGCCAUGUUAUAUAACAGCUGUUGUUUUAUUUUCCUUCAUUUUAUUUGAACACUUCGUAUCUUCCAACGCCAGUUGCUUGCUCUUUAGAGAGAUGUUUGAUCUCUGUUACCCGUCACUUUGGGAGGUCCAUUUAUGCAUAAGGACUGAGCUUUCAUAUGACUUAGGUUCUUAAGUUUCCAUUAACCUGAUGUUUCUAUAUUAUUGACCAAAGAUGGUCUCUGUGUUUCUAAAUUUGACCUGACUAUCAUUGCCCGAACUCAUUUCAAAAUUUGCACAAUUUUAUCGUUGAAGAUACUUUCUUAAGUAGAUAUCCAUUUUCUGCUGUAUCAGUGUCCUUUAUUUAUUACGCUUUCUUUAGUAAAUUUCAACUUUUAUUUUUGGUAGAUUUACAUUUUCCUAUACUCUAUUUUCAGUGAAGGAUUUCCCAAGGAAAUGUGAAUUAAAGCAAACAUUUACCUUUUUGCCAUUGCCUUUGGUAUUUUGCUCUGUAUAAAAGACGAAGUUUAAUGUUGAAUGUUUUGCAGCUUCAUGGUUUGAAUAGACAUGUGGCCUUUUGCAUGCCAUCAACUUGCACAUAUUAAUAUCCGUGAGAAUGGUGCCAAACCUGAACCAUGGGAACCUACUUCGCCGUUCUAAAUAAGAGAAUAUUUUUGUAUGAUUGUUUUUGCUGCUGGGCUAGCCUAACCCAAGUUGGUAUCAUGAUUACAGAGAUGAGGAUAGUAAUGGAUCUAUACAAAGUGAUAGGAGAAACUUCAUCAGUUGAGAUGCAAGAUGGACAGAAGAAUCAGUCACAUACGAAACCUCCAGAGAAGCCUCAAUCAUUUUUUGCUGGGAACAUCUCACAGAAGCAGCAACCUGAGUUUGGUCUACCUGAAGGGACACAUGUUGUUGGUGGUUCGGCUUUCGGGUGGAAUUUUGUUACAUUUCCUGAAAGUAAAGUCACGUAUUAUGGCAGAACGAAGGAAUCUUUUCGACUGGCUAACCCGAAGACUCAAGUAGAUGAUUCCUGAUUCUUUCACUUUUGUCCUCUUUUAGACCUUGUGUCAGCCGUGUGGUAUAAGAAAGAAUUGUUACAGUACAGUUGUAUGGUAUAAUUGAUUGGGUCUUCCUGAAUCGUUCAAGCCAAAGUUCUAAAAUCAAACAUUUAGUAAGAUUUUGGUUUUCAUUUUCAUCUGUUAUUAUGGUGUUUCUUCUUCUAUUUUACUGUCAUUUACAGAAAUAGUGUUGCUGUACACACCCUUUCAAACCCUCAAAACUUUUAUACUACAUCAUUAUGAG